CACCGGUGGACUCGAGGAUAUCCAGACUGUUUGUCGAGCCAGUGAGGUCCCGACCGCCGACCGCGACGCAUGUCCCGCUCCUACCGCCGACCGCUCGAAAACGACAGUGAUGCGGUGUACAAUCAAAACUAACUAGUGAUUUGUGAUAAUUCAACUGUAUUCAGCUGUUUUUAUUGUGAACGAAACAUCAACCACAAUGCCGCUCCAAAUCCGAAGAAACCGUUGCUCCUCAUUCGUGAGGGAGAACCUCCUGACGCUGCUGACUGUCAUCGGCGUGGUGGCAGGAACCAUCCUGGGAUGUUGUCUCCGAGCCUCAGGGCAGGAGUGGUCCCGGCGUGACGUCAUGUACUUCCAGUACCCUGGAGAACUGUUCUUGAGGAUGCUCAAGUCCCUCAUAGUUCCUCUACUGGUCUCCAGUAUCGUGUCAGCCAUUGGAUCUCUCGAUUUAAGCUUAUCCGGCAAGGUCGGUCUCCGCGCUAUCAUAUACUACAUGACCACGACGAUAUGUGCCGUGAUGCUGGGCAUCGCCCUGGUCACCACCAUCAAGCCGGGCAAGGCAUCCCAGGACUACACCCAGCCGAACGCCACCAAGAUCGUGGUGAAAGACACACUUACUUCCGAUACACUGCUGGAUUUAAUCAGAAACGUGUUCCCUGAGAACCUUGCGCAGGCGACGAUCGCGACCUACCGCACGAGGCUCGUUUACGACAAGAACGAUACUAAUAGUCGACUUGGUGAAUUGGAGACGUAUCAGAUCACGGGCGAGUACCAGAGCGGCAGCAAUGUGUUGGGGCUGGUGUGCUUCAGCAUCGUGCUGGGCAUCACUCUGGGCAAGAUGGGAGACAAGAGCCGGCCGCUACAGGAUUUCUUCCACGCUUUAUCUGAGGCCAUGAUGAUCAUUACCGGAUGGGUUAUUUGGCUAUCGCCCCUUGGUGUGUUCUUCCUGGUGACAGCAAAGAUUAUGGAGAUCGAUUCAUUCAAGGAACUGGUGGGUCGGCUGGGGCUGUACUUCAUGACAGUACUCCUCGGGUUGUUCCUGCACGGCUUCGGGACCCUGAGCAUCCUGUUCAUCCUGGCCACCAAGAAGCUGCCGUGCCGAUACAUUGCGAAGAUGGGACAAGUCAUGGCUACUGCUUUUGGUACUGCUUCUAGCUCAGCGACUAUGCCAAUAACGAUCGGUUGCUGCGACGACAUGGGCCUGGACCCGCGCAUCACCCGGUUCGUGAUCCCCAUCGGCGCCACCAUCAACAUGGACGGUACGGCGCUGUACGAAGCCGUCGCUGCCAUCUUCAUCGCCCAGCUCCGGAAGGUCGAGAUGUCAUUCGGCAAGAUUAUAGCUGUCAGUGUGACGGCUACGGCGGCGAGUAUAGGUGCAGCCGGCAUCCCCCAGGCCGGGCUGGUCACCAUGGUGAUGGUGCUGGACACCGUCAACCUGCCCGCCGAGGACGUCUCCAUCAUCCUCGCCGUCGAUUGGUUGCUCGACCGAUUCCGUACAACGAUCAACGUGGUAUGCGACGCUUUGGGCGCCAUCAUUGUGACGUCACUCUCGCAGGGUGACAUAGAGAAAACCCGCGCAGUCAACAACGAUAGAGAUGGGGCGCCCUCCCACGAACUCACCGAACUAGAGAAGGGGGACCAUUGAACUGAAAAUAACGGAACAUACGUCCACCAUUGAUUUGUGUGGACAGACAAAAAGGAAUAACGUUGAAGGAAAAAUAUAACAGUCUAUUGUCAUCUUGAGUUGUUAAAUUGAUAACGAGUACGUACAAUUUGAGCUUUAAAACUAAAAUCAAAAUUGUUUCAUAUCAACGUAGCUAAAAAUUAAAAAAUCCAGAAAACAUUUUGCUUAAAAAUAAAUAAAAAAGGGCAUAAACAGUGUCAAUGAUUAUUCAAUUUAAACGCGAUAGUUAUUCCAUUAUUAAAACAAAGUUAUUGAACCCGUUAUUUUAAGACAAUAACGUUGCAGCAACCGUUAUUUCGGACAAAAGAAGAUAUCUUUGUAUAAGUAUUGAUGUUUUGGGAUUACAAAGAUUAUAGUAAUUAUAUCAGUGUAUAUUGUGAAUCUUUAUUAUUUAGGAGAACUCUUUACAAUUAAUAACUGUAUUAUUAAAAUAUAUCGUGUUUUCAAACAGAAAAUGAGACUCUCUAUCUAUCGUAUUACUCGUAUCGAUGUUUGUCGAAAGAUACGUAUUGAAAUACACAUUAUCAGUAUUUAGUAUUAUAAAACAUUGAAGUAAAUGUUAGAAGGAGCUUACAAUGUGUCGGUGUGUUCUAUAUGUGCCAUUUUAAGUAGCUUUAAAGUAGCUGUCGUUAUGAUGUUUAGAAUUUUCGACUCUAUACAUGUUGUAAUACUGUUCAAAUCAGAAUGUUCAAGUAGUGAAUCAUUGUGUCGCCUAUUUAUUACAGUCUUCUAGAAAUUAUUAAGAUCUUUACUAUGAUGUAGAAGUACUAUCAGCUAUUUUGCUACUACAACAUAUUUCCUGUCCUUUUCUGAAGCUUUUUGCUAACAAAAUUCAACUUUAAAUAUAUGACAGAUAAGGUCGAUUUAUCGAUUGGACAAAAAUUCUUUGGAUAUUUAAAGGAAUGUGUAGCUGAAUCCUUUCAUCUAUUUUUGUAUGAAUGUACAUUAGAAUCGAUUGUGUAUGUUUAUUCUAGUAAUGUGUUUGUAUUGUAAGUAGGUGAUAUUAAUGUUUAAAAGUUGAUUUUACCAACAACUAUGAUGAUUUUUAUAGUUAAUAUUGUAUGUCCGAAUUUUCCCAACCCAUAUUCCCCAACAAUCCUUAAUUUCUUAAUGCCCAAAAGGCCGGUAACGCACUUGUAAUGCCUCUGGUAUUUCGGGUGUUUAUGAGCGGCGGCGAUUGCUUACCAUCAGGUGAUCCGUCUGCUCGUAUACCGACUUAUUACACAAAAAAAAUGUCCACCUCGUUAGUACUUUUCGACAAGUAUUUUCACUGCGAAAUAGUACUUCAAUAUCGCUUCAUUGCAUUGGUAAUAGUAACAUCUGAUAAAUAAAACAUUGAGCUGUUGGUAAAAUCAAUUGUUAUUAACUUUCAUGAGAUAAUGUCGUGUUUAUAUAAAAGGUGUACGAUUUUAAGCGUGUUUUCAUUUCGAGAGUUUUGACAAAGAACAACUUAUGUAAGUUAUAAAACUUAAUCGAUUAAAAUGAUAAAUGUUUUUCGAAAAUACUUCUACUACACCAUCUUAAAGUAUUUGUGAGGAUAACCCGAAAUGGGAACCGCUUAAAACCGUUUCCCAAAUAUCUAUAAACAACGAUAUCUUGUAGGUUAUAAUAAAUAAGAAACUUUAAUUCGAAUUAUUUCGAAACUGUAACGUUUAAAGACAGCCUGCAUUCCACUCGUUUCAAAUGAAUACAUGACACUUAGUGUUUAGCUUCUAUUUAUUUACAUUUGUUAUUAAUUGUUUUAUCGUUGCAAACGAUAUAAAAUACCAUUAAUUAGUGGUUCGUCUUUGUAUGUAUUGAUUUAUGCUGUUUCACCGUUUUCUGAUUUAUAAUUCCUGUUAGGUAAUGUAAUAGGUAUUGUCAUAUUUGAAGUAAAUCUGGAUUACUCAGUGACGACCUGCUUUAGUAUUUAUUAUCUAUUUUAUUUUGUAUAGAAAUCAAAAUCUCCUUAAUCGCCGUACUCAGAGUCGUUUAAUGGUUACUUAACUCAGUCCUUAAGAAUUAUUUUCGACACAAAAUUGUUACUAAGGAAUAAUUUAAGUAAUCAUCAAAUGUCUCUGAGUGCGGCAGUAAGACUUUGAAAUUAAAACCAAUCCAAAAUGGCUGCUAAAUAAAAAUAGAUAUAUAUGUAUGUAUGUAUGUAUGUAUGUGUGCUAAAAUACUUUUUAGUUGAAAUCGGUGAAACAGACUAGUACUAUAUGAGUUACUAAGUGAUUCUCUAAAGCAAUUUAAUUUAAUAUUGAACUAGUUAUUCGAAUUAGUUACGUCAUAAUUAUAUUAUGUAUGUUAAAGUUAUUUAUUAUAUCGACCACUGCAGAGGGAAAGUCAUUCAAUUGUGGCCAAAUAUUAGCUCUAAGUUAUAAUUACUAUCGUAAGAUAUUUUACCGAUUAAAUUAUAAUAUUUAACCACAUUUAUGUACGUAGAAGUAAUGUUCAUAAUAGUCUCUAGUCCGCACUUUAUCAUUAGUCCGUUAUAACUGAAUAUUAGAAAAAAAUAACGUUAUUAUCGUGGGACGGUGAGAAGCUUAUCUAAAAAAAAAUCACUCUGUUAUAUCGGUAUAAUUUAAACUUGAGAAAAAUAACUUCUUUUGUUAAAGUUAUCGUUAUCGUUAUGAGUAUAUAAUGUCGCACUAAGUCUUGUAUUAUUAAAAGUCAUACCAAAUAUUAUAAUGUAAGUACAAAUUAUUUAUUGAUGUCGGCUCAUGAUUCCCUGUUUUUAUUUAAUAUGGAUGUUAUUUUAAAUAAAUAUUUGUGUGAAAA